AUGAAGUCCUACUCCGCCGUUCUCAGCCUUGCCGGCCUCAUCUCCACCGUGGCUGGACAUGGUUACAUCAGCUCUCCCGCUCCCCGUCUGCCAGGUGAUGCCAUGGCCAAGGCUUGCGGUCAACAGAUGUUCAACAACCAGAACUCCGACCACUACGGCAACAUCCAGGGCGAGCUCCAGGUCACCAACGGCCAGUCCGACUUCAAUGCCGAGGCCUGCAACGUCUGGCUCUGCAAGGGUUACAAGCUCGACGACAACAAGGCCAACGUCCAGUCCUACACUGCCGGCGAGGUCAUUUCCAUGAAGGUGGAGAUCCGUGCUCCCCACACCGGUACUGCCAACGUCUCCAUCGUUGAGACCAGCUCCAACACAGUCAUUGGACAGCCCCUCAUCAGCUGGGACAGCUACGCUUCCAACUCUGCUCCCAUCCCAGCGGAUCAGACCUCCUUCGAUAUCACCAUGCCUUCCGACCUUGGCUCCAAGUGCUCCACUGCCGGUGACUGCGUCAUCCAGUGGUACUGGGACGCCCGCUCCAUCGACCAGACCUACGAGGCCUGCAUCGACUUCACCCUCGGCGGUGGCUCUGGCUCUGCUCCCCCUGCCACCACUGCUGCUCCCUCCCCAACCAGCGCCCCAUCCGCUACCGCUGCCCCUACCUCCGUCGCCGUCGAGACCCCUGCCUCCUCUGCU